CAGGGGUUUCCCUGAGGUACUGAGAGCCCAGAGCAACAACUGGACACCAACAUGACCACCGUCGGUGUUCUAUCCAGCAUUGUCAUUUAAUGCAGCACUCUUCCCUUUCCGCCCGAUAAGCUCCGCCCAAGGCGGAAGAGACCGAAGUUCUGGUAGCCGGGAGGAACACGCGGACACGUGGGUAUCAGUGCAGCAGACUGUAGCACAGGGCAGAUCGGUUUUACUAUGAGCGGCUUUAUAUCAAGCACAGCGGCACAAGGGCCGCCGAGCCCAGCAAUUGAGUCCUAUUUAUUUGGCUGUGAAUUGUCAUCAAAAACAAAACAAUACACUUUUGAGGUAAAUGAAGAGGAUGAUGCUGUGCACCUUGUGUGCUUACAGACUAUUAGUCUUGGGGCAGGAGCUAAGGAUGAACACAAUGUAGUGGAAGUGACUGCGCCUAAUUAUCAAAAUAAGGAAGUUACAGUUCCUUUGGCGAACCUUAAACUUUCAUGUCAGCCAAUGGUAAAUGUGGGAUAUUUUGAGAUUGAGGCACCCGUGACUUUUCGUUUAACAUCUGGUUCUGGUCCAGUUUUUAUCUCCGGUCGUCAUUACGUUGCCAGUGAUGAUGAAGACCUGUCUGGUUCAGAGGAAGAGAUGGAAGAUGAUGGCGAGGAGGAGGAGGAGGAGGAGGAUGAUGAUGAUGAUGACGACGAUGAUGACGAUGAUGAUGAUGAUGAAGAAGAAAUUACUCCAAUAAAACCAGCUAAGAAACCCCUCAAAACUCUAUCCCGUACCUUCUAACCUAGCCUGACGGUUGCAUUCCAGACACAGCAACUCAGGCUUUAUAUGAGAACAAGGGCUGCUCUUACAUCAAGUUUACAUAGAAGAUAUGGGCUAAUGAAAGAGCCUUUUUUAACACCUUAAUUUGUAAUUCCGUAAUUUGGACUUCGGACAUUUUUCUAAAUAUAAGUUAGACUCCAGGAAUCAUUGACAGGAUGGCCCAUGUGCUCUAUAGUAGUCGUUUAGCUGUUCAUUGUGAAUGUUUUAUUGAUAAAAUAAGUACAGUGGGCUGGAUGUGUUUUAGGAUUCCAACACCAGCUUUUAUUACAGUGUUCUCGUUAUUAACAUUACAUGUCACUCACCGGUCCAGUACCAUUUUCAUAUUCAGACCUUGUUAUUCAAACUGUGAAUGGAGUGGGUGUGGUUUUGUAUGGUGAUAAGCUUUAUAUAGGCAUGGACACUGACUGGGAUAGUGUAAAAUGGUUUUGCUCAGAUAUGUAUAUAACAUUUUCAACAUUCCAGUUAGGAUUGUAACACUCGCCUGAAUGGUUGAGCCUUGCAAAUAUUUUUUGUCUGUCUUUUUUUCCUGACUGUAACAAAACUUUUAUGAUGUAAGGUUUCAAGGAUAAAAUCUAUCUGUAGUAUUUGUACAGCUGUGAUCUGAAUUAGUUUCCUGUUGAUUUAUAACAAAAUUGUUUGGACAGCCCUAACUUUAAUGUAUUCUCAGGAUUAAUCAGCCCAGGGAAUUGUCUACAUACUGGUUUGUAUUGUAUUUCAUAUUUUUUUUUAAAUGAUAUCCUCAAAGCCUACAAUGUUUGACUAUAGCACCCAUUAUGAACAUAUAGCCAUGUUGCGUUUUAAAAACGUUGUAUUAUGUUCUAAAUCUUCUGUAUUCUUGUUGAUAUUAAGAACAAUAUAGAAAUAUAUCUACUUAUUUUCAGAAAAAUAAUUAAAAGUUAAAGUUUUGCA